CUCUUUAAUAGUCAGGCCACCAUGCAGAGCCUUAGCAAGGAGAACCACAGUGAUGUGUCUGAGUUCAUUCUCUUGGGCUUCUCCAGUGAGUUACAAGUCAGAAUGGCCCUGUUCACCUUCUUUCUCCUCCUCUACCUCACCACCCUUCUUGGCAAUGGACUCAUCAUCACCCUGAUCUACUUGGACUCGCGCCUCCACACUCCCAUGUACUUCUUUCUCAGUAUCCUCUCCUUAGUGGACAUGAGCUAUGUCACCACCACUGUGCCCCAGAUGUUGGUUAAUAUGGUGUGUCCAAGGAGAACCAUCUCCUGGGGAGCUUGUGUAGCCCAGAUGUUCAUCUUCUUAGUUCUGGGCAUUGCUGAGUGUAUCCUCUAUGCCAUUAUGGCCUAUGACAGGUAUGUGGCCAUUUGCUUGCCCCUUCACUAUACCCUACACAUGAGCCGUCCCACUUGUAUCAAAAUGGUCACAGUCUGUUGGUCCAUCAGCAUAACUGGGGCCCUGAUCUACACUGUCUUCACCAUGCACCUGCCUUAUUGUGGCCCCUACAAGAUAAACCACUUCUUCUGUGAGGUCCCUGCUGUCUUGAAGUUGGCCUGUACAGACACAUACCUCAAUGAUCAUUUGGACUUCAUCUUGGGUUUCGUCCUGCUUCUGGUCCCAAUGUCCCUCAUCCUGGACUCUUAUGUCCGCAUCUUUGCCUCCAUAUUAAGAAUCCGCUCAUCCCAGGGCCGGCUCAAGUCCUUCUUUACAUGUGCUUCCCACAUCACUGUGGUCACCAUGUUCUAUGGGCCAGCCAUGAUGAUGUACAUGAGACCUGGCUCCUGGUAUGACCCAGAGCAGGACAAGAAGCUGGCCCUGUUCUACAAUGUUGUCUCUGCCUUCCUCAACCCCAUCAUCUACAGCCUCAGGAACAAGGAGGUAAAGGGAGCCUUUUUGAAAAUACUUGGAGACAGAGGGACAGCUCAGUGA